AUUUCAUCAACAAUUAAUGACUUGUCUUCAGCUGAAGCGCGUCGAAUGAACAACUAUUUCGUAAUGAAAGUUAGCAUUGUGUUUGGCAUUCUCUUGGUCAUUUCAAUAUCAGCAGAAGCGAAAAAGACAAAGAGGAAAGGGAAAAAGCCAAGUUUACCUGUGUGUAAGAAAGCGGAUAUCGUCCAACUUGAAAAUGCAUUAAAAGCUGAUAUCACUGAACUUGGUAAUACGCUUAAAGCUGGUGACAGUGAACUUAAAAGUUUGCUUGAAUCUGACAUUGCCGAGCUAAAGAAUGAUAACACUGAAAUCAAAUCUGCUCUUAGUGACAUGGAGACAAAACUGCUUGCCAAGUUGGGCGAACGUCAGGAUAAACUGGCUUUGACAAUUGAUUCGCAUUGGAGGGAUAUCACGGGCGCAUGCAUAGAAAGCAACAACAACCGCAUUAUCGAUUCAGUCGGUACCAUGGACGAUUGUAAGAAGCUAUGUGAAAACGAAGAAGAUUUUGAAUGUCGGUCCAUAGACUACCAUGCUUGCGACAGACGAUGUCAACUCUCGGUGAAGUAUUCGGGGAAUAAUCCGAUAAAGGACCCCUGCCAUGCUGGCCCUAAGUGGAACUACGCCGAGUUGGUCAAGCUUCAAAAUCAACAAUGCAGCUACAACUUGGUAAAUGACUCGAAUUGGAGGGAUAUCACGGGCGCGUGCAUAGAAAACAACAACAACCGCAUUAUCGAUUCAGUCGGUACCAUGGACGAUUGUAAGAAGCUAUGUGAAAUCGAAGACGAUUUUGAAUGUCGGUCCAUAGACUACAAUGCUUGCGACAGACGAUGUCAACUCUCGGUGAAGUAUUCUGGAAACAAUCCAAUAAACAACCCCUGCCAUGCUGGGCCCCUGUGGAGCUACGCCGAGAGGCAAUAAUUGACAUAUCAUUGCUUAUGGAGCUGUCGCACUUAGCCCAUGUAGGGUCGCCGUUCGCCACCGUGUGAAUACUUUACGGCAAACUUUGGGGCACCACGGUAGGCAAACAAAUCAACUUUUACAGGAAGACAUCUUCCGUUAGCCAUCACGCCAAAAUUAAUUAAUUAAAAAUUAAU